AUGGUCCGCAUCGCCUCUAUCGCCUUAUUCUUCAUCGCCAGCGCCCUUUCGGUGCAAGCUUGCACAUACUGCCAGUGCGAGUUCUCAAACGGUGGUCACUGCUGUGUCUACUCAGAUGCUGAGAUUGGAAACCUCGAUUGCAACAAGUACUGCGCUAAUGCUCACCGCGCUGACGGUACCAACGGUGUCGGAGGUCCUGGAACUGCUUGCGCCGCUGGAGGAGCUUACAAGUGCGCCACCAUCCCUGAGUCUCUUGACCGUACUCCAUGCUACAAGCAGUAA